AUGUCACCAGCGGACGCGGCCAGCGGUGCAGGGGACGGCAGGAGGCCGGAUCGGGCAAAAGGGCCCACAAAGCAAAAGCCGAAGCCAAAGAAGAAGCGCUUCCAUAAGUGCUUCCUCUACGGGGUGCGAGGGCACCUGAUGGUGAACUGCCCAGUAAAGGCGUUCACCACCGCGGUGGCGGCGCAGGUCUCGCUUGGCCUGCACCUUCAUGAUGCCCUCGGGCUUCAUGAGAACCGCCCCACCCCGCGAGCUACGGCCCGCCGAGCCACCGCCGCCGCCCCUGCCGCGGCGCGCCCACAGGCUUCAAGGCCUCAGGGCGCGGCUAACCCUGCCAGGCAGGGUUACCAAGAGGCGUCCCUGUCGAGCCGCAUUACGCGGCCCGAUGAACAGAAGAAGUAG